GGAAUGCGGUAGCUGGACCUGUGCACAAGGCCAAGAUCACAUCCCUGAGGCCCCGACAUCUCCCCUGCGUGCUCACAAGUCUGGCUUUGAGACACACCACUGCCUUUUUUUGCUGACUGCUGCAGCCAACAAAAAGGCAUUCUCUCCCAGUGGACAGACCUCAGAAAGGACCUAUUCAUAAAUUAUUUACUGGCAAGAUGAGCAGGAUUACCAUGAAAAGUCCAGAUGGACUGAGGAAAUCCUACACUGAUUCUCCAAACUUGGCAGCUGACUGCAUGGAGGGCUCAUGAUGAAGAAACCUCUUUUGCCAUCCUGAGGAUUCUCUGAUUCAUAUUCGCCUAGAUGUGCUGGAAACAGUACUGGACCAAGGUGCAAACUUGAGUCUAGUGAGGAUAGAGUCCAGAAGUGGAAUUACUGGAUCAAAGGGUAUAAAGCUCUCUAAGUUUCUUGAAACAGUGCCAAAAUAUUUUGUAGAAAAGUUUUCGCCAAUUUACACUGAAGGUCAGUAUCUUUCAAUGAGUUUUGUAACUGCCUCUGAGAGAAGAGGGGAAACAGCCCGGCAAGCUUGGAAAGCUCGGAAGGCCGUCCCUGCAGUUGUGUGGCCCCUCUAGAGGGAGGUGGGAAAGGCAUGGGGAUUCCUCCUGCAGUGCUGCCUCCGUUUCCCCUCCGCCGGUAGGGCCACCGUCCUGUUUCCUAAUCCUUCGAGUUUUUCAUUUUUUAAGAUCCCCGGAGAAAAAAUGGCCCAGGGUUGGACGAUGUUAGUUGUAAAGGUGGUGGUGGGGGUGGGGGAAUCCUUAUGUUUGAGCAAAUGUGAGAGUUGUUCAGCAAGAACCCAACACUUGGAGAUUCUUAACAGAAACAUCUGCCUAUUCCAACGUGAGUUUCAGAGAUGGUGAAAAUCACGGGAGAGAGUUGGGUAGGAGUUGGAGAAGGCAUUGCAAGCUUUCCCCUUCAGCUAGACAGCUGCAGCCCCUUUAAGGGCAAAUGCGGGACCUGGUCCUUUAAAUCUGUGUCAGUUUCCCCUGACGUCAGCGGGCGGGCCAGCAGCCCUGCUGUUUAUCGCCCAGCGGCGCAGCUCACUUUUCAGUGUUCGUGCGUCGGGACGGCGCGUCCGCCCGCCCUUAAAGGGCCCGCACCUCGGAAAACUCGCAGCCCAGCACGGCGUCGGGUAGCUACCACCUAUCACGCCCCUCUGCGACUCGCCUUCCUCCGCGGCCAGCCCCCGCCGCCGGCUCUUCCUCCCUCCCCUUUCCCGGCGUCUCCAGGCUCCCGGCAACCAGCCGCCCUCCUUCUCACGGCCCUGGCCCGGGGCUCCAGGGUCUCACGUCGUACUCAGCCCCUCGCGAGCUGGGACCCCUUCCCGUAGUCAGCAUCCCCUCCCUCCCCGCCCCCUCCCAGCCGCCCCCUCCCCUGCGGGGACCUGGGAGCCUCUUCGGGGCUCUUGGGAGGGGACAUUUCCUAAUCUCAGGCCGGGGUUAAAGUUCUGGUCCUGGUGAGAUGCUGGAAGCUGCCGCCGCAGCCGCAACCCGUCCCGGAGGUGUCCUGUCUCCUGUCGCCGCCGCCGCCGCCGCCGCUGCCACUGCCGCCCUGCCGGGGCCAUGUUCGCUCUGGGCUUGCCCUUCUUGGUGCUCUUGGUGGCCUCGGUCGAGAGCCAUCUGGGGGUUCUGGGGCCCAAGAACGUCUCGCAGAAAGACGCCGAGUUUGAGCGCACCUACGUGGACGAGGUCAACAGCGAGCUGGUCAACAUCUACACCUUCAACCAUACUGUGACCCGCAACAGGACAGAGGGCGUGCGUGUGUCUGUGAACGUCCUGAACAAGCAGAAGGGGGCACCUUUGCUGUUUGUGGUCCGCCAGAAGGAGGCUGUGGUGUCCUUCCAGGUGCCCCUAAUCCUGCGAGGGAUGUUUCAGCGCAAGUACCUCUACCAAAAAGUGGAACGAACCCUGUGUCAGCCCCCCACCAAGAAUGAGUCGGAGAUUCAGUUCUUCUACGUGGAUGUGUCCACCCUGUCGCCAGUCAACACCACAUACCAGCUCCGGGUCAGCCGCAUGGACGAUUUUGUGCUCAGGACUGGGGAGCAGUUCAGCUUCAAUACCACAGCAGCACAGCCCCAGUACUUCAAGUAUGAGUUCCCUGAAGGCGUGGACUCGGUAAUUGUCAAGGUGACCUCCAACAAGGCCUUCCCCUGCUCAGUCAUCUCCAUUCAGGAUGUGCUGUGUCCUGUCUAUGACCUGGACAACAACGUAGCCUUCAUCGGCAUGUACCAGACGAUGACCAAGAAGGCGGCCAUCACCGUACAGCGCAAAGACUUCCCCAGCAACAGCUUUUAUGUGGUGGUGGUGGUGAAGACCGAAGACCAAGCCUGCGGGGGCUCCCUGCCUUUCUACCCCUUCGUAGAAGAUGAACCGGUCGAUCAAGGGCACCGCCAGAAAACCCUGUCAGUGCUGGUGUCUCAAGCAGUCACGUCUGAGGCAUACGUCAGUGGGAUGCUCUUUUGCCUGGGUAUAUUUCUCUCCUUUUACCUGCUGACCGUCCUCCUGGCCUGCUGGGAGAACUGGAGGCAGAAGAAGAAGACCCUGCUGGUGGCCAUUGACCGAGCCUGCCCAGAAAGCGCUUCUCUCCUUGGUCACCCUCGAGUCCUGGGUGAUUCUUUUCCUGGCAGUUCCCCUUAUGAGGGUUACAACUAUGGCUCCUUUGGUACGUGUCAAAGCCAGCACCGUGCUUGCCGGGGACAUGACCUUGUCUCCUUAGGCCACCACCUCCGAGGCGAGAAUGUUUCUGGAUCUACCGAUGGUCUGGUUGACAGCGCUGGCACUGGGGACCUCUCUUACGGUUACCAGGGCCGCUCCUUUGAACCUGUGGGUACUCGGCCCCGAGUGGACUCCAUGAGCUCUGUGGAGGAGGAUGACUAUGACACAUUGACCGACAUCGAUUCCGACAAGAAUGUCAUUCGCACCAAGCAAUACCUCUAUGUGGCUGACCUGGCACGGAAGGACAAGCGUGUUCUGCGGAAAAAGUACCAGAUCUACUUCUGGAACAUUGCCACCAUUGCUGUUUUCUAUGCCCUUCCUGUGGUGCAGCUGGUGAUCACCUACCAGACGGUGGUGAAUGUCACAGGGAAUCAGGACAUCUGCUACUACAACUUCCUCUGCGCCCACCCACUGGGCAAUCUCAGCGCCUUCAACAACAUCCUCAGCAACCUGGGGUACAUCCUGCUGGGGCUGCUUUUCCUGCUCAUCAUCCUGCAACGGGAGAUCAACCACAACCGGGCCCUGCUGCGCAAUGACCUCUGUGCCCUGGAAUGUGGGAUCCCCAAACACUUUGGGCUGUUCUACGCCAUGGGCACAGCCCUGAUGAUGGAGGGGCUGCUCAGUGCUUGCUAUCAUGUGUGCCCCAACUAUACCAAUUUCCAGUUUGACACAUCGUUCAUGUACAUGAUCGCCGGACUCUGCAUGCUGAAGCUCUACCAGAAGCGGCACCCGGACAUCAACGCCAGCGCCUACAGUGCCUACGCCUGCCUGGCCAUUGUCAUCUUCUUCUCUGUGCUGGGCGUGGUCUUUGGCAAAGGGAACACGGCGUUCUGGAUCGUCUUCUCCAUCAUUCACAUCAUCGCCACCCUGCUCCUCAGCACGCAGCUCUAUUACAUGGGCCGCUGGAAACUAGACUCGGGGAUCUUCCGCCGCAUCCUCCACGUGCUCUACACAGACUGCAUCCGGCAGUGCAGCGGGCCGCUCUACGUGGACCGCAUGGUGCUGCUGGUCAUGGGCAACGUCAUCAACUGGUCGCUGGCUGCCUAUGGGCUUAUCAUGCGCCCCAAUGAUUUCGCUUCCUACUUGUUGGCCAUUGGCAUCUGCAACCUGCUCCUUUACUUCGCCUUCUACAUCAUCAUGAAGCUCCGGAGUGGGGAGAGGAUCAAGCUCAUCCCCCUGCUCUGCAUCGUUUGCACCUCCGUGGUCUGGGGCUUCGCACUCUUCUUCUUCUUCCAGGGACUCAGCACCUGGCAGAAAACCCCUGCGGAGUCGAGGGAGCACAACCGGGACUGCAUCCUCCUCGACUUCUUUGACGACCACGACAUCUGGCACUUCCUCUCCUCCAUCGCCAUGUUCGGGUCCUUCCUGGUGUUGCUGACACUGGAUGAUGACCUGGAUACUGUGCAGCGGGACAAGAUCUAUGUCUUCUAGCAGGAGCUGGGCUCUUCGCUUCACCUCAAGGGGCCCUGAGCUCCUUUGUGUCAUAGACCGGUCACUCUGUCGUGCUGUGGGGAUGAGUCCCAGCACCGCUGCCCAGCACUGGAUGGCAGCAGGACAGCCAGGUCUAGCUUAGGCUUGGCCUGGGACAGCCAUGGGGUGGCAUGGAACCUUGCAGCUGCCCUCUGCCGAGGAGGAGGCCUGCUCCCCUGGAACCCCCAGAUGUUGGCCAAAUUGCUGCUUUCUUCUCAGUGUUGGGGACUUCCAUGGGCCCCUGUCCUUUGGCUCUCCAUUUGUCCCUCUGCAAGAGGAAAGAUGGAAGGGACACCCUCCCCAUUUCAUGCCUUGCAUUUUGCCCGUCCUCCUCCCCACAAUGCCCCAGCCUGGGACCUAAGGCCCCUUUUUCCUCCCAUACUCCCGCUCCAGGGCCUAGUCUGGGGCCUGAAUCUCUGUCCUGUAUCAGGGCCCCAGUUCUCUUUGGGCUGUCCCUGGCUGCCAUCACUGCCCAUUCCAGUCAGCCAGGAUGGAUGGGGGUAUGAGAUUUUGGGGGUUGGCCAGCUGGUGCCAGACUUUUGGUGCUAAGGCCUGCAAGGGGCCCGGGGCAGUGCGUAUUCUCUUCCCUCUGACCUGUGCUCAGGGCUGGCUCUUUAGCAAUGCGCUCAGCCCAAUUUGAGAACCGCCUUCUGAUUCAAGAGGCUGAAUUCAGAGGUCACCUCUUCGUCCCAUCAGCUCCCAGACUGAUGCCAGCACCAGGACUGGAGGGAGAAGCGCCUCACCCCUUCCCUUCCUUCUUUCCAGGCCCUUAGUCCUGCCAAACCCCAGCUGGUGGCCUUUCAGUGCCAUUGACACUGCCCAAGAAUGUCCAGGGGCAAAGGAGGGAUGAUACAGAGUUCAGCCCGUUCUGCCUCCACAGCUGUGGGCACCCCAGUGCCUACCUUAGAAAGGGGCUUCAGGAAGGGAUGUGCUGUUUCCCUCUACGUGCCCAGUCCUAGCCUCGCUCUAGGACCCAGGGCUGGCUUCUAAGUUUCCGUCCAGUCUUCAGCCAAGUUCUGUGUUAGUCAUGCACACACAUACCUAUGAAACCUUGGAGUUUACAAAGAGUUGCCCCAGCUCUGGGCACCCUGGCCACCCUGGUCCUUGGAUCCCCUUCGUCCCACCUGGUCCACCCCAGAUGCUGAGGAUGGGGGAGCUCAGGCGGGGCCUCUGCUUUGGGGAUGGGAAUGUGUUUUUCUCCCAAACUUGUUUUUAUAGCUCUGCUUGAAGGGCUGGGAGAUGAGGUGGGUCUGGAUCUUUUCUCAGAGCGUCUCCAUGCUAUGGUUGCAUUUCCGUUUUCUAUGAAUGAGUUUGCAUUCAAUAAACAACCAGACUCAGUU